AUGAGUGACCAGAAAUCAACCAAACCAAUAUAUACAACUGAAGAAGAAGAAAUAAAUUUUAGAGUUAAUUCAAUAAAACAAAGUGAUAUAAAAAUGAAUAAAGAAUUAGAUAAUGAGAAAAUACAUGAAGCCAUAGAAACGGCAUAUAAUAUUGCUGACCAUUUAAGAACAAUUACACUAACCCCCAAAUUAUAUUACUCGUUAUAUAUAGAAAUUCAAACAAUAUUUACAACAUUAAUAUCAAGAAUUUGUGAAAUAAAACAAAAGUCUAUAUUAAAAUUAUAUGAAAGAGUUCAGUACUAUUCACACGUAGUUCCAAGAUUAUAUCUUAUGUGUACAAUCGGUUCUAUUUGUAUUGCAAAAAAAGAAGUACAAAUAACAUUAUUGUUAAAUGAUUUAUUAGAAAUGUGUAAAUGUGUUCAACAUCCAUCAAAAGGAUUGUUUUUAAGAAGUUAUUUAUUAUAUGUUAUUAAAAACUAUUUACCAACAACAUUAAUAGAAAAUAAUAAAACUGAAGGCUCGUUAGAUGAUUCAAUUCAAUUUUUAUUAACAAAUUUUAUUGAAAUGAAUAAAUUAAAUAUUAGAUUAGCACAAAGACAACAAGAAAAUCAAGUUCAAUUAUGUCAAUUAGUUGCUAUGAAUUUAAGUAUUUUAUCAAAUUUAGAUAUCCCACAAAAUACUUAUAAAACAAUUAUUUUACCUCAAAUUUUACAACAAAUUAUUUUAUGUGGUGAUGUCCAUUCUCAAACUUAUCUUAUUGACGCUGUUAUUCAAGCGUUUCCUGGUAAAUUUCAAUUAUUAACACUUAAACCAAUUCUUAGAACAAUUGUUACUUCACAAAAUGGAGUUAAUAUCGUUGAAUUAUUAAAAUCAUUAAUCAAACAAUUAAUUAAUUAUAUUAUUAUUGAAAAAACUGAUGAAACUGAUAUUUAUCCUUUAUUUGAUAAUUCUUUAAAAGACGCUUUAAAACAUGAAGAAAAUAAUAAAAAAGAAUUUAUUGGAUUACUUCCAUUAUAUAUUGAAUUAUUAGAGCACUGGUAUAUAAAAUGA